AUAUAGUGCACUAGUCGGGUUGUCAAGUGUCCAUUGUGAAAUCUAUCUAAGUUACUGGAUUUGGAAAGUAGACCUACGAGUUACUUUUCCCAGUUUGGUGCCGAAUGCUGCGUACUAGUCAAAUAGUGAGCGUUCAACUGAAAGCAACAGCUAUUUAUUGAGUGUAAUUUACCGCAAGAAGCUUCAGCGUCGCUGUGUUGGUUACUACGCAUUAUAGGAAUUCAUUAAGAAGACGCCCGUUCAAUUUCACCAACGCUAAAAGGAUUACUCAAAUAUUUAACCUAGAUAACAUUUAAUUUUUUUCUUCAUCCCCGGACGGAAGUGUGUUCUAUUUAUUUACUAUAGCCCACUACUAGAAAGCAUACAUCGCAGUGUUUUCAGAAGUUUGGGGUUUGUGAACACGCCUGUUGUUAUUUAAUUAUGGCAGAUUUAGGCCUACCAGUGGAUUGGGAUUUAUUUGCUCUCUUGCUUUUUCUCAAUGCUUUGUGAGAUAACGGUUUGUUUUGACUACCGUAAAACGUCGUGUUGCUCUGAAGACGCAAAACUUUUAUUUAUUUAUUGAGACAUCUGGGAAUUGUUGUUUUGGUAAUCAUUUAAACGACAUUUUAUUAGCCACGUAACCCGAAAGAGACAUACAGGGUGUUAUAAGCGUUUUUUUGUGUGUGUUUUUUUUUGCCUACAAAGAGAGGGUUGCUGAACUGUGGCUCUACUUCCCCGGUGUAGUUGGACUGUUGUAUUAGGUAAUGCAAACUAUGUUGCGAAACGUGGUGUUACGUAGUUGUAUCAUAACAGACUAUUGUGUUUAUUGUAGCAGUCCAACGUGCUAGGCUGAUUCCAAGUCUCUCUGUUCCGUGGUAGGAUAGUCUUAACGGAGAUCAGUUCACAGUUGAAGAGUGCGCUUCCUCAACCACGCCUGCCCUGACCUCUAGAUGCCGGGCAUAAACUCCACCACCGCCUCUCACUAUGAGUCCGGCUGGGAGAUGGGGUACGACCACUAUCAACAUUACUUCUACGACGACCACGAUCCUGACGAGGAUUUCUCUAAAUCUACUGCGCCCAGCGAAGACAUAUGGAAGAAAUUUGAACUAGUACCAACCCCGCCCAUGUCCCCUAUUCGGACUUUGGAGGGGGCCGCCGGGGUCGGGAUGGUCUGCCCUUCGCUGGGGGACAAACUCGAGUGGGUGUCCCAGUUUUUGGGUCAAGAGGACGACCAGGAUGUGCCGUGUAAAUUCAGUUCCGCCGACGAGGCUUUGGGGAACCUGAGCUCCAUUAUCGUACAGGACUGCAUGUGGAGCGGCUUCUCAGCGGGCAAGCAGCUGGAGAAAGUUUUCGGGGAGCGGCUUGCCUCCUGUCCGAAUAAACUACCCAUGCAGGCGCUGGGAGCUGCAAUCACCACCGCCGGGAGGGCGCAGUGCGUGACGGUGCCAGUGGACGCGGCUGUUCCAGUUCUCGGUAGCCUGGCGACGGAUUGCGUGGACCCGGCUGCUGUUCUCGCCUUCCCGCUAACCGGGGGAACGUUUAAGAAACCGUUGGUGUCCUCCUGUUCAGAGACCCACACAGACUCAUCAGAUGACGAAUCUAGUGACCAUGACGACGACGAUGAUGAUGACGACGACGACGAAGAGGAGAUUGAUGUGGUGACGGUGGAACACAAGCGGUACAAGUCCCGACGGCUGGUCAACAGCAGAGUUACCGGGGGCCGCGGCGGCAGGCUAAACAGACGGACGCCGGUGACAAUCAUGGUCCGGGCGGAUGCUCUGAACCCGUGUAUGAAACGCUUCCACAUCUCUAUCCACCAACAGCACCACAACUACGCAGCGCCCUCCCCGGACACACACACAGCCCCCGCCCUCCCUGGACACACAGCCCCCGCCCUCCCCAGAAAGAGGUUCCGACACGAGCCCUCAAACUCUUCUCAUAACUUCUCUAACACCCAGCCACACCUGCACCCCGCCUCCACAUCCAAUCAGAACUCUGAGAGCAAACCACAUGUCGCCGUAGCAACCAUCGGGUCGGAAUCAUCUGACGCCAACACACCCUCCCCUUGUGGAUCCCCGUCUGCCUCUCCUCGAUUAUCCUCCUCUCACCCCUGCAGCCCCCAGUCCUCCGACUAUGAGGACACAGACAAACGCAAGACACAUAACUUCCUGGAACGAAAACGGCGCAAUGACCUGCGCUCUCGUUUCCUGACACUGCGGGAUGAGAUCCCCGACUUGGCAGAGUGUUCGAAGACGCCCAAGGUGGCCAUCCUGACACGCGCCACUGAGUACCUGGGACAGCUGCAUUCCAGCGAGCGCCAGCGGGCGCAGGAGAAACGGCAGCUGAAGGCCAGGCAGCAGCAGCUGCUCCGUAGGCUGGCACAGCUCAAACAACAUCCCUAAACUCACUGACUGGCAGGUUGGCACAGCUCAAACAACACCCGUAAACUCACUGACUGGCAGGUUGGCACAGCUCAAACAACACCCCUAAACUCACUGACUGGCAGGUUGGCACAGUUCAAACAGCACCCCAAACUCACUGACUGGCAGGUUGGCACAGCUCAAACAGCACCCCUAAACUCACUGACUGGCAGGUUGGCACAGCUCAAACAGCACCCCUAAAUUCACUAACUGGCAGGUUGACACAGCUCAAACAGCACCCCUAAACUCACUGACUGGCAAGGUUGGCACAGCUCAAACAGCACCCCUAAACUCACUGACUGGCAGGUUGGCACAGCUCAAACAGCACCCCUAAACUCACUGACUGGCAGGUUGGCACAGCUCAAACAACACCCCUAAACUCACUGACUGCCUGAAUGACUGGCAGCGACCUCUAGUCGAUGGAACGUACUCUUCACCAGGACUGACUGAAAACCAACUCACUGACAGACUGUUAGUGGCUAGCAUGGAGAGAAGCCUUUGGAUGGAUCUGAACCCUAUAUUAUAAACCAGGACUGAGUCAAAACCAGGGAUGGAUCUGAACCCUAUAUUAUAAACCAUGACUGAGUCAAAACCAGGGAUGGAUCUGAACCAUAUAUUAUAAAUCAGGGAUGGAUCUGAACCCUAUAUUAUAAAUCAGGGAUGGAUCUGAACCCUAUAUUAUAAACCAGGACUGAGUCAAAACCAGGAUGGAUCUGAACCCUAUAUUAUCAACCAGGACUGAGUCAAAACCAGGGAUGGAUCUGAACCCUAUAUUAUAAACCAGGACUGAGUCAAAACCAGGGAUGGAUCUGAACCAUAUAUUAUAAAUCAGGGAUGGAUCUGAACCCUAUAUUAUAAAUCAGGGAUGGAUCUGAACCCUAUAUUAUAAACCAGGACUGAGUCAAAACCAGGGAUGGCUCUGAACCCUAUAUUAUAAACCAUGACUGAGUCAAAACCAGGGAUGGAUCUGAACCCUAUAUUAUAAACCAGGACUGAGUCAAAACCAGGGAUGGAUCUGAACCAUAUAUUAUAAAUCAGGGAUGGAUCUGAACCCUAUAUUAUAAACCAGGACUGAGUCAAAACCAGGGAUGGAUCUGAACCCUAUAUUAUAAACCAUGACUGAGUCAAAACCAGGGAUGGAUCUGAACCCUAUAUUAUAAACCAGGACUGAGUCAAAACCAGGGAUGGAUCUGAACCCUAUAUUAUAAACCAGGACUGAGUCAAAACCAGGGAUGGAUCUGAACCCUAUAUUAUAAACCAUGACUGAGUCAAAACCAGGGAUGGAUCUGAACCCUAUAUUAUAAACCAGGACUGAGUCAAAACCAGGGAUGGAUCUGAACCCUAUAUUAUAAACCAGGACUGAGUCAAAACCAGGGAUGGAUCUGAACCCUAUAUUAUAAACCAGGGAUUUGUUAAAAUCAGGGAUGGAUUGAGGUUGGCCCUAUAUUAUUUGCAAACUGUGCAUCUAUUGUAUGUCCUGUUAUUGUCUGUAAGGUUCUAUGAUGUCAUGAGUGAAUCCAUUGAUUGUGAACUAUGUCCAGAUCAGCAUGGCAAUGUACAUAGACUGUCACGUGUGUGUCUCUCUUUCUCUUUGUAUGUCUCUGUCUCUCUCUUUUUCUCUCUUUUUUUCUCUCUCUCUCUCGCUCUCUCUCUGUGUGUAUGUGUAUCUCUCUCGCUCU